GCGAUGUUGAUAUUGAUUUGGAUGGUCAAAUUAAAAACCUUGAGCUGAUUAAAGAUGUUCCAACUCAUUGGAACUCUACUUACCAGGUCAUGGAUAGAUUGCUAUAUCCAAAAGAUUCAUUGGAAAUACAGACUGCAAAAAUGUUGCAUAAAACAAUUUGGGAUUCUAUGAAAUCAAAAUGGGAAGAACCAAAGGACAUUGAAUUAAUCAGCUCAUUCAUUUUUAAAAUGUUAAAUUUUGUUUCUAAUUUAUCAAACUUAUCGAGAAAAUACCUAGGAAUACCAUUAUCAUCUGUUCCCGCUGAACGUGUCUUUUCAACUGCUGGAAAUUUAAUCAUAAAUAAAAGAAAUCGUUUAAAUCUAUCAACAAUUAAAAAUGUAAUUUUCUUAAAAGAAAAUUUAUUAAAAACUUCAAAUAUAUCAAAGGAAUUAGUGUUUGCUUAUCAAGAAUUAAUGUUUACUGAACCAACAGGAUAUCAACCAUUAUAUCCCGUAAAUGUGGUGGCGUCAACUUACUCAGAUGAAACUGUUAUUGUUAGAUUAUCAAAUAAAUAUUCAUGCCCAAAGGCACCAAAUAUAUUUGCUAUUAGAAUAAUAUAUCAGAAUGGCACAACUAGUGGAUUCAAUUUGGCGAAUUUCACUUUCCCAGAAUUAAAUUUUUGUCCAAUUGAUCGAAUCGAUAUUUUUUCAUUGCCAGGUGAUAUGUUAUUAGUUAGAUAUCAACAAAUUAUUAAUGAUCCACCUAAUUAUAUACAAUAUACGGGCCUUGUUGUUUCUAUGGAUGGGGAAAUUAUGGAUUCAGGGGUACAAUUAGGAUCACCAAUUAGCCUUGAAAAUAUUAAUAAAUUUCAAACAAGACUUGUCACAUCAAAAUUUACAUCAAAUUCAGAUGAAAUUAUACUGUCUGCAAUAUUUAAUCAAUCAGUUAUUCAAUGGAUAAAAUUAGAUUGGGAUAGUAAAAGUCAAAAAUUGAAUAAAAAUUCAGAUGGAGAAAUCACCCCCACAAAUGAAGAACAAAUAGAUGACCUUGAAUUGUUUUCAACAAUUGGUGGAGGUUAUGGAAUACUUUUUUCAACAAGUCUAAAGAUUCAAUCAACAUUGCCCACUAAUCCAACUAGUUUUGAUAGUUUUACUAAACCUCAAUCACUCAUUUAUUUUUCAAAAAUUUUACCAAAUCAAAUAACAUCUACGAAUUCCACACUAGUUUAUCAUAAUGCCAUUCCGCAAACAAGACUUGUGAUAGGGUCGUGUCAGGCAUCUUUAAAUGGAAACAUAGGGAAUAAAUGCUCAGUAAAUGGUGGAAAUUCAGUACUUAAGAAGGAUUUUUGGCUUAUUAUUUCUUUUUAUUCCACAGGAUCUGUCAAAGAAUAUAAAGAUUUACCAGAAUUUCAAAUUGUAUAUAAGGAAUCCUUACCAUAUUAUGUUAAAUUUAAUCAAAGUUUUGGAUUGUAUAGUGGGGAUUUUUUGAUGACAGGAGUAAUUAGCGCGACUAAUAAUAUUACUGGAACGAUUUAUGAUGAAAAUGGAAAUUUUAUAAAAGAAUGGGGAUUGCCGUCGCUUGAAGGAUAUAAUUUUGAUAUUUUAAAGAAUAAUACAGUAGUGGCCACUUUACCUGGGCAAGAUAAUAGCGGAAAAUCGUGGUAUAUUUAUACUACAGAUGAUUUAUCUUCAUCAUCGGUGAAGAAUAAUGAUGACAUAUACAAGAAUUUGAAUAUUAAAUCAACUUUUCCGCCUAUAAAUUCCACGAUACCACUUCGUACAGCAUCAAUUAAUAUAACAUUUCAAGGACCAGUUGCACUUUCCAAUCUAUUGCGUCAAAUAUUUGAUGGCACUUCAGCUUACUGUAAAACUUCAAAAGAUGGAUUAUCGGUGACUAUUGAUGUAUUUUUAAGCACGUUUAAUCAACCACAAAGUGAAUAUUAUGUACAAGUUGAUGGGAAUUUUGUAAAAGACAAAUCAUUUGAUGAACCUCUAUUAGAGAGUAUAAAUAUUUUAUUGAGUCUUACACCCAUUGCAACCUUGGAAUUUGAAAGUUUUACUGAUAAUCAGAUAAUAGAAUACUUUACUAAUUUAACUUUAGCAUUGUCUGGUUCCAUUCCAAUUGAAGUUGAAAGGUUUAAAAUAAAUCCAAAAUGGCAAUAUGAUGGAAUGAAAGAGCCUAAACAAAUAUUAUUUUCAAUGGGAAUCUUGUCAACAUCAAACCUAUCAGAACCUAACUCCAAACAAGUAUUUAAUGAUUUUGAAACAAUGUUGAAAUUAAAAAAUCAAACUAAAUUAAUACAAUAUGAGAGUAUAAAUUGGUUAGAUGAAAAUGAUGGAGUUGUUAUAAUUAGAUAUAUUUGGGAAGAAUAUAGAUAUCAAAUAGCAGGUGUUAUAUGUGCUUUAUUUAUGUUAUGUGUAUUAGGAAAUAAUAUGGCAUUAUUUAAAUUUAUUUUGAUAAUGGCAGAUUUUACAUUAGAUAUUUUAUUUAUAAUAUAUCAUGGUAAAGAUGUACCAAGGUUGUUUUUUCCAAGUAAAGACAAUAAGUUUAUAACGAUACUAUUUAUGAUAUUUGGAUAUGUUGAUUUAGUUUCUUUAGAAUUAUUCGAUUCUAAAUCAGCAAAUCAGAAAAUUUUUCAGGCUAAUUUUACACCACUAGCAAAAAAUUUAAUUUAUAUUGGAAGUUUAAUUGGUUUGAUGAUUGAAGAUGCAGCUCAAUUGACUAUUCAGGUAAAACAUAUGAUUGUAUUCGUAGUAUUAGAAAAAGAUCAUGGUAUAGACCACAAUCCAAUCAAUCUUUUUUCCUCUGGAGUACCCACUGAAUUGUCAAAACAAGAUGAAGACAAUAUGAUAAUUGCACUGGGUACAUCAAAAACCAAUUAUAUAGACCCACGCAUUUCUUUUGCGUGGUCUAAAAAGUAUGAAAUACCAAUUGAUAAGGUUUUUAACAAAAGCCUUCAGGAGAAAUUCCAAUGGGCAUUAGAUGUUGAUGCAGAUUGA